AAAAAAUAAUAACAAGCACAAGUGUAUUAUCACUUAUCGGAUGUUGGUGUGUAUCAUACUCUUUAACAUGCACCAAUACUUGAGGAGCUUUCUUUAAACAGUAGUGUUCGUACGGGGGCCAGGUCGGCCAUUAUUUUUCGUGUCUACAUAUCCACGAGUUGUAGUAAUAUAGUAAUAUAGUUUCAACUGCGCGCGUUACUCAAUUAUUAAAUAACACCCAUUAUUAAAAUAUUAAAAUAUUUACUAUUUAGUCAACAACUAUAAAUACAACAAAACAAUUGUCCAAAAUAUAAAUCUAUAUUGUUUAAUGUAAUGAAACUAAAAGUUCAAUCAGUAUAUAGUGCUUACUAGGAGGUAGAUGAUAUCGGAUGCGGAAUCAGGAGAGGAGCGAAAUUUCAAGUGGUGGUCAGUCAACUUGGUGCUAAUUUAAAGACUGAAUUUCAAGGAUUUUAAGUGCUGAAGGAAGCUAACUGUGAUUGAUGAUUAUUCAUUGAUCAUUCAAGGGCUGACGUUGUUUUUAUUGAACAAAAAGCUUAUAAAUUGGUGGGGGUUACGCGUUUUGGACGCGGUGCCCACAACGGGCGCAGAUGGGAGCUAGUUUUAUAAAUUUAAAGUGGGUGGUAAAACCCACAGUUAAACACUUACUAUCGAAGGUGCCUAAAUUAUUUGAAUUUUUAAAUAAUAAGAGUCUAGACCGCCGAGUCUUUGGUAUCAUACCUUGUACUGAAUUGUUUAAACUCAAUCAAGCUGGAAUUGAUGGAGUUGGAGAAUAUUGUAGCCAAUACCGUUUAUCUCAAAGCACGAGAAGGCGGUGGUGACAGUAAUAAAGGUAAAAGCAAAAAAUGGCGAAAGAUACUCCAAUUUCCCCACAUAUCUCAAUGCAUUUAUUUACAAGAUAAGCUUGAUAUUAAGUACAGCUAUGUCGUUGAUCAACAACCUAUCGGGCGAGUGCUCUUUAGGCAAUUUUGCCAAGAUUUAAAACCUGCCUAUCAUCGCUUCAAUCUUCUGCUAGAUGCCAUUGAAAAGUAUGAAAUAGAAAUAGACGAAAAUCGAAUAGAGUUAGCCAAAGACCUGUAUGAACAGUAUUUGAAACACGAAAAUUCUGAAGUUUCGGGCAUUCUUAAUGAUUCGGUGAUAUCCCAGUGCGAGGAACGUCUCAGUUCUGCGGGAAAAGAUUUAUUUGUUCAAGUGUCUUCGAUUGUUAAAAACUAUCUUGCCGGUGAACCUUUCUUGCAAUUUCGUUCUAGUUUCUACUUCUAUAGGUACCUACAAUGGAAGUGGUUAGAAUCACAGCCAGUAACUUACAAAACCUUCAGAAUGUACAGAGUACUAGGAAAAGGCGGAUUUGGAGAAGUAUGUGCCUGCCAAGUUCGAGCGACUGGAAAAAUGUAUGCGUGCAAAAAGCUGGAGAAGAAACGAAUAAAAAAACGCAAAGGCGAAUCUAUGGUACUAAUAGAGAAAAACAUACUCCAAAAAAUAAACUCUAAGUUUGUAGUAUCUUUGGCGUACGCAUAUGAAACAAAAGAUGCACUCUGUCUCGUGCUAACAAUAAUGAAUGGUGGUGAUCUUAAAUUUCAUAUUUACAAUAUGGGCGGUGAACCAGGUUUUGAUAUCAAUAGAGCUCGAUUUUACGCCGCUGAAGUGGUUUGUGGUCUCGAGCAUCUUCAUCUUCAAGGCAUUGUUUAUCGUGACUGUAAACCCGAGAACAUACUUCUUGAUGAUCAUGGACAUGUGAGGAUAUCCGAUCUCGGAUUGGCCGUUGAAAUUUCUGAAGGCGAUAUGGUGCGUGGUCGAGUGGGUACUGUUGGUUACAUGGCGCCAGAAGUUAUUGAUAAUGAAAAAUACACCUUCUCACCCGACUGGUUCAGCUUCGGUUGUCUCGUUUAUGAGAUGAUCGAGGGUCAAGCGCCGUUCAGAGCCCGGAAAGAGAAAGUUAAGCGCGAAGAAGUUGAUCGACGUGUCAAGGAAGAUCAAGAAAAAUACUCUCACAAAUUUACCGAGGAGGCCAAGAAUUUGUGUCAACAGUUACUGAAGAAAAAUCCAAAGAAUCGGUUAGGGUGCAAGUGUGGUAGAUACGGUGCGAAGGAAGUUAAGCUUGAUAGUUUCUUUCAGUGCUUGAAUUGGAAAAGAGUCGAGGCUGGUAUGUGGGACCCGCCAUUUAUUCCAGAUCCUCACGCGGUCUAUGCAAAAGAUGUAUUAGAUAUUGAACAAUUUUCAACUGUAAAAGGAGUUAAUUUAGACGCAACAGACGAUACAUUUUACAGCCAAUUUAAUACUGGCAGUGUCUCAAUACCGUGGCAGAAUGAGAUGAUUGAGACUGAAUGCUUCAAAGAGCUUAACGUACUCGGGCCAGAUUGCUCACCCACGCCUGAUUUAUUAAUAAAUUAUCCGCUGACAAAUAAUGAUAGCCGUGGUUGCUUUCCAUUUAGAAGAAAAAAAAAGCAAAAUGCCCGAACAAGACAGAUACCGAUAUCCGAUGGACAUUUACUUGAAUUAUCUCAGAGUCAAGGAUCUGAAUUGCCAGCCAGCUGAUGACCUAUGGUAAGCGUAGUAAAUUUAACAACUGCUUCGGCAAAAGUUUGUUCAUCUUCAUCUAGGUACUUUUUAUGUCGGAAUUGUUUUAUUGGUAAUUCUACGAAAUAAUAAUCUCACGUGAUGUCACGUAUGUAUGUCUAUGCUUGACUACGUCAAUUUAAUAUUAAAAAAAAUUUAUCAUUAAAUAAUUAAUUGUUGGUGAGAUGCGAGUAGAGGCUGUGAAAGCAGUUAUUUAACCAGGCAUUUUACAACUUUAUUAAUGAAAUUUAGAUUUUAAAUAGCACAAAAAUUUUCAUUUGAAACUAACGCACUUUUCUAUACUGUUAAACUUUUAUUUAUUUAGCUGUUUACUUGCUAAAU